UGUGGUUGAAGGCUGAAAGAGUGUGUUUAUGCAUGAGCGUGUACUGGAAAGAGAGAGCGAGGCAGUGGGUGUGUGUGUGUCUGUGUGUGUGUGUGUGUGUGUAUGUGUCACACACACAAAAACAGACAUUCAUAACUUAGCAGAAGAGGAAGAGACACCAAAAAGCUGCUGACAAACACUUUAUAAUGAUCCUUUGUGUUGUGGAUGUAAAAGCUUCUGGAUUAUCAAAUCACUGGAUUGUAAAGCAGAGGACAGAUUCUGGAGAUCAUGGAACAUGAGAGUACUGCCUCACCACUGGCUAACCAAUCAGACCCCAGCAAUUCCUCCAUAGCCUCAAGAUCUUCGGAGUACAGUGAUGCAGAGCUCGUGUUGCUGGGUGUUGCAAUGGCCAUUCUGGUUCUGGCUAUAGUUUUUGGUAACGUGCUGGUGAUUACGGCCAUCCUGCGAUUCCAGCGGCUCCAGACAGUCACCAACCUCUUCAUCGCCUCGCUAGCCAUUGCUGACCUCAUCAUGGGUUUGGUUGUGGUCCCCUUUGGCUGUAGCCACAUCCUGCAGGGAGCCUGGCUGUUUGGAAACUUCAUGUGUGAAUUCUGGACAGCAACUGAUGUGCUCUGUGUGACGGCCAGCAUAGAAACCCUUUGUGUGAUUGCUCUGGACCGCUACCUCGCCAUCACCUCCCCACUCCGAUACCCAACGCUACUCACCAGGGGUCGGGCCUUUGCAGUGGUCCUUGGGGUUUGGGCAGUGGCCUCCCUCAUCUCCUUCUUGCCCAUCCAUCUGAAGGUGUGGGUGUCACGUGAUAAGGAAGCUGUCCGGUGCUUGGAAGACGAAUACUGCUGUGAUUUCAACACCAAUAUAGAGUAUGCUGUGUCUUCCUCAAUUGUGUCGUUCUACCUGCCGCUGGUGGUAAUGAUUUUCCUGUACACCCGGGUCUUCCAGGAGGCUCAGAAACAGCUGGAGAAGAUCAGAGGGAGGGAGAGGCACCUUUAUAACUUGCAUUACUCUGCACAGCUGACUUAUGAUGAUAGUCCUGCAAUGAACAGACUCAGGGCAGGAAUUGAGGUAGAAGAACAAGCAGGAGAGCACAGUCUAAAUAUGCAGAAAAUAGACGGUAUAGACACUGGUAAGGAGGGAAAGUUAGGAGAGAGCAGAGCAAAGACAAAAAAGGGGGAAGGAAAACAUUCUGCCACAAAGCGUCUUAAGUUCUGUCUUAAGGAGCACAAGGCUGUGAAAACUUUAGGGAUCAUCAUGGGAACCUUCACAUUGUGUUGGCUACCCUUCUUCAUCCUCAACAUCCUCAUGACCUUUCUCAACUUGGGUGACAUUAAGCUGCUCUUUAGACUCCUUAACUGGCUAGGAUACUCCAACUCAGCCUUCAACCCGCUCAUCUACUGCCGCAGCCCUGACUUCAGGCACGCCUUUCAGGAGAUACUCUGUCUGAGGGGCAAAGGGUGGAGCUGGAGAGGAAGGAGAGGAUGGGGAUGGUGCAGGGAGAGAGACUGUUACUCCAAGCCCCCAGGUAGGACAAAUGGGAACUCAGACCUGAAUGGUGUUAGGAGGCUGGACAGUCAGCAGAGGUUAGGGUGGAAGGGCAGUUUGGAGAGCUCUAUUCAUGACAGCUCACUAACUCUGGCUCCUCCAGCCGCCUGCUGUGAGCAGGUUUUAGAAGUAGCUCCUGGUUCCCAGUCCAACUGGCAGGAUAACAGUUCUGCUAAUGGGAAAUCUAAGGAAAAUCUGGCUUCUAUAGCUUGACCAAUUAGGAUAGUAGACUUUACAUUGUGUGUGCAUAGCCAUGCAGUAGAGAUCAGUUUGAUGAAGCUCUGAAUGUUUGUUUUUGGUUGAGAAUGACUCAAUGUUUUGGGGUUUGUAGCUUGUAGUAUUAAUAUUGCAUUAGGUGUGUUUCAGUCAAUGUUACUGAGGUUUUGCUGCUGCAGUUUUUCUAAUAACGAUUCAGUGAUGUAAAUCUUUGGCAGCUACACAAUUAAACCAUGCACAGCAAGUACGUGAAAAGCUUUUAAUAACUAAUGGCUGAAUAAUAUUAAUAAAUAUCAUGCAUGCUCAUGCAUUCCAAAACGCUACUUUCUUAAAAGCAGUCUGAUGGGAGAAUGAAAAAAUAGUGUAGAAAAGUGUAGAAAAAUCAGCAAUUGGCUGGAAGGUUGCUGGUUCAAAUUCCUUCACACUGUCUGGCUUCGAAGAGGCAAAUCAUGCCGCCCGUCUAUUUACAGCUGUAGUUAAAGGGCCAUGACGUAAAUAUAUUGUAACACCAACUGCCAAAUCACCAAUGGUAGUACAUUGGGGCUGUGGGACAUUGCAAAAUUGAGGCACACCCUACUGCCUUUUUUGUUGAAGCCUGUCACCAUAUCCUUACCUUUUAUUUUAAUAUAUAUACAUAUCAAAUGAACAGACGGAGGGCACUUGCUCUAGCUCUGAAUGAGGGCAAGAGGCUGUUCCCAAAUAGUAUGCUUUAAACCAGUGAGAACAGAAGAUAAACAAAUACAGAAACCGCUCAAUUGAAAUAACCAAAAACUGUUGAAACUUUGGCAGAAAAUAAUGUGUUCUUGUGGAGCCAAUCACUCAUAUAUAGAAGCUGAUGGGAAUAAUAGUUUUCAGGCUCCCACAUUAUUGAAGCCUCUGAACACAGUGGUUCCAUACAGUUAUUAUUUUAUGUAUAAACCCACAAAGUAGGAAGCACAAACAGGAAUUUAGCACCUCAUUUGCAGUGCAAAUAACGUUAUGCAAAACCGCACAUCAAGAAAAAACCUUUAUGAAGCAGAGAUGUGCAUUUUGUUUGCCCUGUGGCUAAAAGUCUUAUCUGAAACAGCGGGUCUCAUAAUAAUAAUACAAAUAAUAAUAAAGAAAAAAAGAAUCAGACCGCCUGUUUUUCAUUCCGUUAUGAUAAACCUUAUAGCUGGUCCAAAGUAAUUUACUGGUGUAUAUUUGUGUAGUUGAUAAACAUCUGAGACCCAAACUUGUGACUAUCAUAACUGCUCUUUCUCUCCCUGUGUUCGCUUUCUUUCAUCACGUAUUUGCUGGAACUGUUUUCCCUCCCUCUCGCUCCAAACAUCACCAUCUACCCACUCGUUCCUUUUAUCCUGUCUGCUUUUGCUCUGUUAUAAUAAAAACAUUGCAAUCUGUCAGACAAAGCUGGGGAGAUAAUUUUCAUGCAGUAGGAUCUGUUUCCAUGAAAUUGUCCGUUACGCGUACUGUAAAAACAUAGCAAUAUUAUUAUACAUAUCUUGAAUGCUCAGAAACUUGAUUAAAGGGAAAGUGUGUUUGGAUUAAUUCUCAUAUCAUUAUUUUCCAAAUUCAUAGUGAUAAUGAUAAAGGAGCCCACAUACAGUUUAUCUACAAAGACAACCUAGUAUCAGAUUACUCCAAGUGGACAAAUAUAUAAAAAAAAUAUGAAAAUAAUCUCCCCAGCCCUGCUUUUAUAUGUACAGAUAAUUAUUUAAUUUGUGUUAAUAACAAAAAGGUAUUAAGCGUAAAUAAGUGGCAACUGUUUACUGUAAAUAUGAUCUGCACAUGUGUGUGUGUUUGUCAGUCUGUAUGUAUGUGUUGUGUUCUUGUGAUUAUUUGUUCAUUUUAAAGCUUGAAACAUGCCAUUGGAUAUUUGAAUUUACUGUAAUGUGUAUGAGACUUGGACUAACUAAAAGUUGGAAAAUACUGUAGUUUUGUUUUUUAUUUCAAAUUCAGUAACUUAUCUGGUUCUCUAAAAAGAACUAAUUAUUUAAUGUGUGUUUUGUAUCAUGUUUGUUUAGUUUACGCAGCACUGAAACACAAGUCUACAAUCAGAAAGAGAUUGAUCAUGUUAUGUUAUAUAUGUGUGUCUGUCUUGGGAUACUGAGACAAAUCUGAAAGUAAAAGCCAAUUUUCAGAAGUGUAGCUUUACAUCAGAGGAGCAGAUUCUGUUUUCUACCUCCAUCAGACUCACAUGAAUGUCAUCUCACUUCUGUAAAUAUUUGUUCAUGGGCUGUUGUAUAUUUUUGUGAGUAAAAGAAUGAAGUUUGAAAUUGUAUUAUUUGAAUAUGUUGCUUCUCUCUCUCUCUGUGUGUGUGUGUGUGUGUGUGUGUGUGUGUGUGAUCAAAAGAGACAGGCUGUCAGAAAAAGAGAUAAGAAAAAGAGGAAGAUAUGCUUAAUAAUAGCAGACAAAUAAGGUUAAAAUAAGCUUAAUAUUAUCUUGUGAUACUCGUCACAGCUUGCUUUCUAACAAACAACCUGGGGGAAUUUAGGGGUUAUUUGUAGAAGCAUUUAGGUGCCUAAAAUUAUACUCUUUACUGGUUAAUAACCAGUAAAUCCAAGUGUUUUUGAUACCACUAUAGAAGUCCUUCUUGUGGAAGAAAGCCUGCAGACACAGUUUAUUAGAAUGGAGCUAAUCUAAUAUUUCCUUUAUAGAGUUUAUAGAGUUUAUUGAUGGUGAGCUUGUGUUGCUCCCUGAACUGAAGCCGGUCCAACAGUGCCAGCUACAGCAUUGCAAAGUUUUCAUCUUAGCACUGGCACUGACUGCCAAUCCAUAAUGGAAAUAGUCAUUUGUAGCCAGUUGGGCUAAAAAAAUUAGCCUGACAAAUGAACUUCGUGCUGUUGACCAAGCAACGUAUUAAUCAAAAAAAAUCUAAUUACAAAGACAGCUGUAGUUUCUCAUAAGGAUAUAUAAGAAAUGCCCAUAACUCUGGCAAUAUUGCCAAACUUUGUCUCAAAAGGCUCUUUGUCGACAAAUAAAAUGAGAUCAGGAAAUGUGAUUCUCCUCGCACUCCAACUUUAACCUUUUUAACUAAGCCGAUGGGACAGAGGCUUUUUGUGCUUAUUCAGUCAUCCAAGUUAGUCACGAAGACUCGGCUUGCCUGUUUGCAUUAAAGUUAAAGUGUACGUGUGUGUGUGUGUGUGUGUGUGUAUGUGCGUGUGUGUAUGUGAGGCAUGACGUACAGUGACAGGUGCAAGUGGUCAUAGCAGCUACAGUAUCAGCUGCUGCAGAGGAAAUACAAUCAGCUAUACUGCCUCAAUACGCACACACAGCUUUACAGUUCAACAUGAAAACACACUGUAUACGUGUGUGUGUGUGUGUGUGUGUCUGUGUAUGUUCGUGCGUGCGUGUGUGUGUUUGACCUGUUUCCAUGGAACAAGUUUCCAAUUUAGGUAUGUUAAGGUUAAUGUACUUAACAUGCAUGACUUGUGUUGUUUGUCCUGUCUAGCUGUAUCUAUUAAUGUCUUGGUUACUGUAUUUCUGUUUUGUUUUGUUUUUUGU